GACAUGUACACUGAUAAUCAGGGCACUGAUGAUCAGUGUGCCAUGAUGAUCAGUGUCACCCCAGAAGUGCCACCUGUCAGUGCCCAUCGAUGCCACCUGUCAUUACCCAUCAAUGGUAUCUGCCAGUGCCCAUCAGUGCCACAUCAAUGCCACAUAUCAGUGCCUACCAGUGCACAUCAAUGCCACAAAUCAGUGCCCAUCUGAGCUGUCUUUCAGUGCCACCUAUCAGUGCCAGUCAGUGCCACCUAUCAAUGCCAGUCAUCAGUGCCACCUAUCAAUGCACAUCAGUGCCGCCUAUCAGUGCCCGUCAGUGCUGCCUAUCA